AAUGACUUUAAAAAGACUCGUGAUUUAACAAAUCAUCUUAACAGAAAGUUUAAGUAUAAGCAACUCCAAAUAUCUAAUCCAGUUCAGCUAUCUAAUCUUAAUGUAUCCAGACCUCAAACACCAGUACCCAGCUCCCUAUCUCCUAUAGUCCAUAUUCAUGAAAAGGAAGCUACUUAUUUAUUCAUAGAGGAUUUGGCCAACUGGCUAGCGAAUCCUAAAAUAAAAAACAACCCAACUAUUAUUAAUAAAAAGAUUCCAAAAACAGAUACAGAAUGGGAUAAGUCUAAAGAUGAUCCAAAAGAUAUAGAUAAAAAAGUGUCUUGGCCGGUCCUAUUUCCAGAUGAUGAAAUGCAUCAAAAAAAAGAGGAAAUGUAUGAAGCUGGAAUGACUGAAGAGCAUGCUAAGAAAAUUUUAAAUGCAAUAGAUGAUGAUAGGUUUCUUAUAAGGGUAAAAUUUAUUUGGCCAAAUAAUGAUAAUUUCAAAAUCGUUGACAAAUAUGAGCCCAUACGUGAGUCAAAAAAGGCUAGUAAGAAAUUCGUUACAGGAGGUCCAAAUGUUAUUCUUACAAAAAAGACGAACCAGGCUUUUGGGUUGGAAUUGAUAGAAAAUGGUGCACUUAAUUGUGUGGCCCAACGAGUAAUAGAGCAUUUUGAAAAAGCAAAAAGAGGACAUGGUCUGACUAGUAUACGUAGGCAAAAAAUUGACACAUGGGAAAAAAGAAUGCGUCAGCCUGGUGCUCAGGUAGAGGAU